CUACAAUCCCAGCAGUCCCAGUAGCUGCUCUCCUGUCGCUCCCCUCCUCGCACUGAGUGGAGCCUCUCAUUUCCUCCGCCAGAGAGCGCAUGCGCGCAGAGGACAGACGCUCUUUCUGUCCUCAUGACGCAGACAGCUGAGGAGCUCAGUUUCUAGAUCAAAAUGGCAGUGGAGAAGCGUCUUGCGUUCGCUAUUGUGCAGUUCUUACGAGAUCAAACUCACGUCAGUGCUUUGAAUUCAGACGAGCAGGAGAGCCUUGAGGUUGCAAUCCAGUGCUUGGAGACCACCUUCAAGAUCAGCUCCAGCGACUGCCACCUUGCUGUGUCCCAGCCGCUCAGAGAGAUAUUCCUCAACGCCCUCCUCAAGAACGACAACCUCACAGUACCAGAGAGCUCCCCGUCUCCUGAAGACAUUGAACGGGCAGAGCAACUUAAAAAUGAAGGGAACAAUCACAUGAAGGAGGAGAACUACAGAUGUGCCGUUGAAUGCUACACAAAGGCCAUAGAUCUGGACCUGAGAAAUGCUGUAUACUAUUGCAACAGAGCCGCGGCUCAUAGCAAACUGGGCAAUUACACUGAAGCUACUGGUGACUGUGAGAGAGCGAUUGGGAUAGAUCCUACCUACAGCAAAGCUUAUGGGAGGAUGGGUUUGGCUUUAACCUCUAUGAACAAGUAUCCAGAGGCGAUUAGAUACUUCAAAAAAGCCCUGGUUCUGGAUCCGGACAACGACACUUAUAAAUCCAACCUGAAGAUUGCAGAACAGAAGCAUAAAGAAGCCUCCAGCCCAAUUGCUGCUGGAUUGGGGUUUGACAUGGCUAGUUUAAUCAACAAUCCUGCCUUCAUCAGCAUGGCUGCCAGCGUGAUGCAGAACCAACAAGUCCAACAGCUCAUGUCAGGGAUGAUGUCGAAUGCAGUGAGAGGUCCUGCAGCAGGGGUGGGAGGACUGUCAGACAUUUCCAGCUUGAUUGAGGCAGGCCAACAGUUUGCCCAACAAAUUCAGCAGCAGAACCCGGAGCUCAUCGAGCAGCUAAGGAACCACAUCAGGAGCCGUUCCUUCAGCGGCAGCGCCGAGGAGCACUCAUGAUUUAUUCUGACACACUCCGUUUGCUUCUGAGGAAGAGCAAGCAUAUGGCGCGAAAACAAUCUCUACACCCAUUUCUUUGAGUCAAAAAUCCCCGGCAUAGGUGGAAAAAAAGAGACGAGGAUGGGGUGGAAGGCACUUUACUGAGACUUUAAAGAGAGGAGAAGCUGGAGACUAAACUAUUAAACAAAAAUAUCCCACAAAAGAAUGACAAUACUGUAGAUCCCUGGUGAUACACAGGAGCAUAGAUGUCCAUCAGUCCACCAACAGAAUAUAAAGUGAAUAUUUUCUCCAAAGCUUGUAACAUUUGGUGGAGAUCAUGUGUUGGAUGUGCUGAAGUUCCUGCCUUCUUCAUGUUCUGCGCUGAGAAUCCAUCUCUCUAUUCAUGACACAGAAAGAGUGAAGGAAGAAUGUACUUUAACAGCAUAGAAGGUAACAUUGCAGCUCCUUUUCAUACAGAUACAGCAGCUUUAGUUUGUUAAUAAUCUUUAAUAUUAUUUUUGUAAUCAGGAUAAACUUUUAACACCAUAUUAGCUUUAUUUAAGUAAAAACAAAAAAACAUCCAGCCCUUGAAUAUAUUGGAGUCAUCACAGCUGUUUUCUUCUAACAAUCUUAUCAUUGUAUUAGCAGUGUUUGCAGCCUGUUCAGUUGGUGACCAACAACAUAUUCCUACUGUUCGUUUCUGCAUGCUCUUAAAUCUGGUGUUUCAAAUCAGAUGCUUUAUGGAAACUAAUAUAAAUGCUAAGGCAGCACUUUUGUUUUGUCUUGGUGAAUAAAUAAUUAAUGUCUUAAAACUGAA